AUGAAUCGUUUCAUAAUUUUUUCUUUCCUCAUCUUCGCAUCAUUCGCUUUUCAUGGAGAAGCUUCUAUAGGCCAUCAGACUGUGAAGGAAGGCGAACGGCUCGAGCUGGCUGUUUUCAAAGGAGCAAAAGCUAUAAAAAGAAAUGUCGACGCUGGAGAGCAAGUAUUCUAUUUUGAGGGGAAAUUCAAAGGAUCUUUUGUGGAUGGAAAUGGAAAGAAAAUCGAUUCAUCCAACUAUGAAGAUAAAAAUGGGAAUCUAGUUAUCAAAAAAUUCACCAAAGCUGAUGUAGGAUCAUACACCGAGCACCCAAAGAAAGUUCUUCAGUCCACAACUAAAGAUGGAUUUAUUUCAGUGUUGGGACCAGUUCUUCACAUCUCCCUUUCUUAA